UCUUUUUAUGCCUAAAAAAUUAAGUUAAAAUCCAUUUUUUUUUAAUGUUCUUAUCACGGACUAAGAUAUAAUAGUCUGGUUCUUAUGUAUGGUACACUGUUAAUAACACGCCCAUUCCCGAGUUACAUACUCGUGCUACAUAGUCACGUGUGUAGACUAGCAGACCCAUGAUAUAAUAUCAUGAGCAGACCCUAAUAGAGAUUAAAGAUUAGAGUAGAAACCCCGGUCGCCCGAUUAUAUUCAAGUUAUUUAACACACAUUAAAUUAAAUUUAUUGUUCUUGUUGGUCUAACAUCGUCUCACGAGUCACGAAUACCGUUUGACGUUUGUUGAUUUUAUAAAUUAUUUACACUACUGCGACGAUGGACGACGCUUCCAUCAUCAGCUCGCUGACCAAGAUCAAGGUUCACAGCCUCAAACGCAAAGCUCCGUCCUCCGUCGAGUCUAAAGUUAAGCAAAAAAGAUUCAAAUCUGAUGACACGUGCAGCGAACUUUCCAUGACCACUUCCGAGGCGUACGGUAUCCAAAAAGUCACCGACGAUUUCGACUUAGAUGAUUAUCAACCCCACAACACAUCAACUGAAAAGCCUGUCGAGUUUAUUCGAUUAGAUACAUCCCAACUGAAUAGAAAUAAUGGAGUUUUAUUUUCUGAAGAUCUAAAUGAUGACUAUGAAGUUUGGACAUUGCAAUGUCCUGAUGAUAUUGAUAUUAACAAUCUACUUUCACAAUCGAUCAGUUUCAAUGAACUUAGAAAAUUGGAAAUGAAAAACACAAUGUCUGAUAAAGUUGAUUUGAUACCUUACAGAAGUCAAGAAGGAACAAAUAUUACUAUCGUGACUCCUAGUGAAAGAACAAGCAAUUUAUCCUUGAAUGUGGUUCCUUUAGCUGGAACAUUAAUUAUGAGUAAUCGAAUUAAGAAAGAUAAAUUAAGUAACAAUAGCUUACUUCCAGUUGAUACUAUUGAAGAUGCGACCAGAAGAAGAUCAGAAUUAAUGUCAAAAAUUACUAAAAGGCUAUCAAAUAAAUAUGAUAUCAAUGCACUUAUGAACACAGACGUAAAACAAAGAAUUUAAGAUGGAAAAAGAAUCACCUAAAAAAAUUAAAAAGAA